AUGAAUCUUCUCAAUCACUCCCCUGAGUAUGGGAAGCAUGGAGAAUCAAUAGCAUGCAACUCUUUGGAAUGCAAUUGCUUCGAUCAAACUGACGGCACGUCGAGUCAAAGAGUGGCAAAGAAGCUCAGCGAGGCUAAUGAAUUGGGGCCUCCGGAACCCACCGUGAUGCUUCCCAUCUCACACCAACCGCCUGUUGGGAUCGAGUUGUAUGUGGAGGACAUUGUGGGCUACAUCAAUGGUGGAGAAGGCAACAUCAUAGGCAUCUACGGAAUGGGCGGUGUCCGUAAGAUCACCAUGUUGAAGAGCAUCCAGCAGCACUAUCUUCCGAAGCAUACCAUAUUUGAUCGUGUCAUUUGGGUUAUGGCCUCCAAAGACUGGCAAUUGAAAAGGCUCCAGAUGGAUAUUGCUAAGAGUUUAGAACUGAUGGCACUGAAGGAGAGUGACAAAGAACGAACUUGUGGUGAUAAGUUAUUUAGCUACUUGAAGAACAAGAACUGCUUGCUGCUUCUGGAUGACAUUUGGGAACAUGUGGAUCUUCAACUGUUGGGGAUGGCACACUCGGCUACUGAACGAGGCCAGCAGCAGCCGCGCAAAGUCAUGGUGUUCAUGACUCGCAGCGAGACAGUGUGUGCACAAAUGAAGGCAGAAAAGAAGAUCAAAGUCAGAUGUCUGGAUUCAGAACAAGCAUGGCAACUCUUUGAGCAGAACAGCGAUGGGGAUGUUCUCAGCUCAGAUGCUAGAAUUAAGUUCCUUGCUGAAGAACUUGCUAAAGAAUGUGCAGGUCUUCCGCUCGCUCUUGUCACCGUCGCCCGGGCCAUGUCAGGGAAAAGGUCUUGGGAAGCUUGGAACGAUGCUCUCCAUCAAAUAAGGGAUAAACACGAAUGGACAACCAUUGCGCUUCUAGAAGAUUCACUCGUCAUGUAUAAAGCCUUCAAGCUGAACUACGACAGUUGCGGCAUAAUCCAUAAAUUCAAUGUGAUCAAUGAAGCUUUCGCCAAAGGAUGCUUCUAUUUGGAAGCUCUCGUGACUGCAUUCUUGCUAGAGAAAUGUAGUGACCCGGACUUUCCUUUUGGGGACACAAAUGUAAAGAUGCACGAUGUCAUCCGAGACAUGAUACUGUUGAUGGUCUCUGGGUUGGAGGGGAACAAAAGAAAAUGGAUUGUAAAACAAGGAAUCGGGUUGAGUGAUUUGCCUACACAACAACAAUGGCAAGAAGCAGAGCGAGCAUCAUUCAUGAUGAAUGAUGAUACGAUGGAGGUUAAAGUCAAGAUGGUCAAUACCCAAAUGUCAAAGAGCCGAGCGGAGGACAAGGACAAUGGCCGGUAG